GUCAUCAUAGUUCGUGGCGAUAUAGUGACGUGUCUCUCAUCGGGUGAAGAGUUUAAAGAAUUUCGAGAGGGUGAUGGUUAAUUAAUUACGCGGCGUUUAGCAGAUUAAAAAUUAAUCAAGACAAGAUGUUAACAAAAUUCGAGACGAAGUCUGCGCGAGUGAAAGGACUGUCCUUUCACCCGAAACGUCCCUGGGUGCUUGCGAGUUUGCACAAUGGCGUCAUCCAAUUAUGGGACUACCGUAUGUGCACCUUGCUCGACAAAUUCGACGAGCACGACGGACCCGUACGUGGCAUAUGUUUCCACAACCAGCAGCCGCUGUUCGUUUCCGGGGGCGACGAUUACAAGAUCAAGGUUUGGAACUACAAGCAACGUAGAUGUAUCUUCACCUUGCUCGGUCAUCUGGAUUACAUCAGGACCACUGUAUUUCACCAAGAAUAUCCCUGGAUUCUCAGCGCUUCGGACGAUCAGACCAUUCGAAUCUGGAACUGGCAAAGUCGCACGUGCAUUUGCGUGUUGACCGGGCACAAUCACUACGUGAUGUGCGCCCAAUUUCAUCCUACCGAAGAUCUUAUCGUAUCCGCUUCAUUGGAUCAAACAGUCCGCGUUUGGGAUAUUUCUGGAUUACGCAAGAAAAAUGUGGCGCCAGGUCCAGGAGGUCUCGAGGAUCACCUGAAGAAUCCGGGAGCGACCGAUUUAUUCGGCCAGGCUGACGCAGUAGUGAAGUACGUCCUCGAAGGUCACGAUAGAGGUGUAAAUUGGGCAUGUUUCCACGGUACGUUGCCUCUGAUUGUCUCCGGAGCCGAUGAUAGACAGAUCAAGAUGUGGCGGAUGAAUGACGCCAAGGCCUGGGAAGUGGACACGUGUCGCGGUCAUUACAACAACGUAUCCUGCGUGCUGUUUCAUCCCCGACAGGAUCUCAUUCUUUCCAAUUCGGAGGAUAAAAGCAUCAGAGUCUGGGACAUGACGAAGCGCACGUGUUUGCAUACGUUUAGACGUGAGCACGAGAGAUUCUGGGUUCUUGCGGCUCAUCCGACCUUGAACCUCUUUGCUGCCGGUCAUGAUUCCGGAAUGAUAAUUUUCAAACUCGAGAGGGAACGUCCCGCGUACGCGGUUUACGGAAAUUUUCUGUAUUACGUCAAGGAUCGUUUCCUUCGGAAGCUGGACUUCACCACGUCCAAGGAUACGUCUGUAAUGCAGAUACGCGGCGGAGGAAAAACGCCUCCCUACAGUCUGUCGUACAAUCAGGCGGAGAACAGCGUUCUGGUGUGCACGAGGUCGCCCUCGAACAUCGAGAACAGCACUUACGAUUUGUACAUGAUUCCGCGCGAAGGAGAUUCCAGCACGGAUGCUGAUACCAAACGGGCGUCUGGGGUCACCGCUAUCUGGGUUGCCAGGAAUCGUUUUGCUGUGUUGGAUAGAGCGUAUUCGCUGGUCGUCAAGAAUCUGAAGAACGAGGUGACAAAGAAGGUACAGAUUCCAAACUGCGACGAAAUAUUUUACGCCGGCACUGGCAUGUUACUCUUGCGCGACUCAGAACAGAUAAUUCUGUUCGACGUUCAGCAAAAAAGAACAUUGGCAGAGGUAAAAAUCGCAAAGUGCAGAUACGUCGUUUGGUCCAGCGACAUGUCCCAUGUCGCCUUGCUGGCCAAGCACACCGUGAACAUUUGCAAUCGUCGAUUGGAGUCUCUCUGUUCCGUGCACGAGAACACGAGGGUGAAGUCCGGUGGCUGGGACGACUCCGGUGUGUUCAUCUACACGACAAGCAACCAUAUCAAAUACGCGAUCAGCAACGGCGAUUACGGAAUCAUUCGCACGCUGGAUCUGCCGAUUUACAUUACAAGAGUGAAGGGGAAUCAAGUUUUCUGUUUGGACCGAGAAUGCAGAUCCAAGAUAUUUCGGAUAGACCCGACGGAAUAUAAAUUCAAGCUGGCUCUGAUCAACAGGAAGUAUGAGGAGGUCUUGCACAUGGUUCGCACCGCGAAUCUCGUUGGACAGUCGAUUAUAGCGUACCUGCAGCAGAAGGGGUAUCCGGAAGUGGCGCUUCACUUCGUCAAGGACGAGAAGACCAGAUUCGGUCUCGCGCUUGAAUGCGGUAACAUCGAGGUAGCCUUGGAAGCAGCGAGAUCGCUCGAUCAGAAAGCGUGCUGGGAGAGCUUGGCCCAAACCGCUUUGCUGCAAGGCAAUCAUCAAGUCGUGGAAAUGUGUUAUCAGAGGACAAAGAACUUUGAGAAGUUGGCCUUCCUUUAUCUCAUAACCGGUAAUCUAGAGAAGCUGCGUAAGAUGAUCAAAAUUGCGGAAAUUCGGAAAGAUGUAUCGGGACAGUAUCAAGGAAGUUUGCUGCUUGGCGAUAUUUACGAGCGAGCUAAGAUUUUGCGGAACUCUGGACAAGCGUCGUUGGCGUACGUGACCGAGAAAAUUCACGGUAUAUCAAACGAGGAGGACGAUGCUCAGUACGAAUCGAUGAGCGAGGAACUUUCUGCCCUGGAGAAGGGCGCUAUAUACCUUCGUCCACCCGUUCCCAUUCAACAAGCUGAAAACAACUGGCCGCUGCUGACGGUUUCUAAAGGUUUCUUCGAGGGCGCGAUGAUGUCUCGCAGCAGAACUCAGGUGGCAGCCGCUCUAGCUCUGGAAGACGACGGCGCAGCGACGCCCGAAGGCUGGGGCAACGACGAAGAACUCGGUAUAGAUGACGAGGAGCUUGUGGACGCGGAAAUUGCGCCGGAAGGCGAGGAGAAUCCCGGCUGGGACGUCGAGGACGUCGAUCUUCCGCCGGAACUCGAGGCCGCGACGACCUCCAACGAGGAUGGUUAUUAUUCUCCGCCUACCAAAGGAGUUCCACCGACGCAGCACUGGGUCACCAACUCCAAACUGGCGAUCGAUCACAUAUUGGCCGGCUCGUUCGAGUCCGCUUUUCGGAUACUGAACAACCAGGUCGGAGUGGUGGAAUUCGGACCUUAUCAGUCUUUGUUCUUAAAUACGUACGCUCGCUCCAGAACGUCCUACGCCUGUCUGCCAAAUGUACCGUCCUUGUACGGAUAUCCGCAGAGGAACUGGAAGGAUACCAACUGGAAGGAUGCCACGUCGAAAACUGGUCUACCUGCGGUGGGUUUGCAUCUUAGCGAACUGGUUCAGCGUCUUCAGAUGUGCUACCAAUUGACGACUAACGGCAAGUUUGCCAAAGCGAUAGAGAAGCUGCAGGGGAUCUUGCUGAGCGUACCGUUGCUCGUCGUUGAUACCAAACAGGACAUCGCGGAGGCUCAACAGCUGAUUCAAAUCUGUCGCGAGUAUAUCUUAGGUUUGAAGAUGGAAACUGAACGUAAAAGUCUACCCAGAGCCACGUUGGCCGAACAGAAGAGAAUUUGCGAAAUGGCGGCGUACUUUACACAUUGCAAUCUGCAACCUGUACAUCAGAUUCUCACGCUUCAAGUAGCUGUGAAUCUGUUCUACAAAUUGAAGAAUUACAAAACCGCUGCUUCGUUCGCGAGAAGAUUACUCGAACUCGGACCAAAUCCUGAACUGGCGCAAAAAAUACGAGUUUUAUUACAGUCUUGCGAUAAGAUUCCUGUCGAUGAGCAUAAAUUAGUAUACGAUGAGCACAAUCCAUUCUCAUUGUGCGCAAGCACAUUCACACCUAUUUACAAAGGAAAGCCAGAAGUGAAGUGUCCAUUAUGCGGUGCCAGCUAUAAUCCACAAUUUAAAGAUACAGUAUGCAAGAUAUGUGAAGUUGCUUUGAUAGGCAAGGAACGUUAAAAUUCUAUUUAUAUUGUUAUUAUGCUAUCAAUCUUGUAAGUAAUAA